UGCUGCUGCUUUCUAAUGCUUCUUGUUGUGGCUGUCGCCUGCAAGCUCAGUUACCAAGAAGGGACCUUCACUUAGCCUCGCUCACGACUCGCCGUUAACUGUGCCUCUUCCCCCGAGCUUCUGCUGACCCUGAGUGACUGUUGCAUAAAGGUGAUGGGUGCAAAAUCCAAGGAGUGAGGAUAUCACCAUGCCUACUAUCUUUGAGAAGGAGAACAAAGUUGCCAGCAUCUUUUUAAUGGUUCGAUUAAGCAGUCAGGUUGGUGGAACUGGGGACAAAAAUUGUGUUGAAGAAAUUUUGAGGGAGAUGACCCAUUCUUGGCCUUCCCCUCUAACUGCGAUUCACACUCCUGGAAAUACAGAGUCCAAUAAAUUUCAUUUUAAUCAAAAAGAAUCUAAACAGCAUGCUCCUGUAACUUACAGCAAGCAAAGUAAGUGA